GCAGCCGUCCUGAAUCCUUCGCUUCAUCACGUCUUCUCAGCCGCUUCAAUCAGAAGAUUCUUUGACAUGGAUCAAAGGGAGGUCCAACCUGGAGACCUGAUUGAGAUCUUCCGUGAUGAUCAUAACCACUGGGCUGUUUAUGUUGGUGAUGGAAACGUCGUUCACCUCCCAGAACCACCGGGGCAAGGUGGUGAUGGUAUUGGUUUUGUUGGUGAAGCCCAAGGGUUGAGGCAGCAGCUGCAGGACGUGGUGGGAAAUGACAACUGGAGAGUCAACAAUCUCUUGGAUGGUAUACACCCACCUCGUCCAGCUGAUGAUAUUGUGAGAGAUGCCGGCUUACUGGUGUAUGAAGAAAUGGGGUUCAAUCUGGAGAAUGUCAACUGUGAACAGUUCGCCACUGAGCUGCGUUACGGCGAGCCUGAGGGUCAGCAGGAGGUUGCUGCAGCGGUAGAAGUUGCAGCAUUCGCCGCGGAUCUCCUGGGAAAUGAUAGCGAUUGAUCGGGAUGUAACUGGCAUAUCAAUCCAUGAUUCUUAUUUCAUAAAGUUUGGUCAAAUCCAC